AUGGGUUACAAGCAAGCUGUGCUUUAUAACAUAAACGUGCUUAAAGAAAGACAUUUCACCAGUACAUCACUGGGUCCAAAAGAGAGCACAACCGGACAGGACUCAUCAGGCACUAAUCAAGGUGAGAAAAGUACUUGUUUAUAUUACUAAUGGGAUUCUGUUUUUACCUCCCUUGUAUGGGAAUACAGUAUCACUUUACACAAAUAACAGUGUAGGUUCUAUAUAAAAGCAAAUGCCAUGGAAGCCAGUUAUAUGUGCCAGUUCUUUACAAAUACAAAAAAACAAGUCCUGCGCUCAAACUCCCAUUACUCUUGGGCGGCAGCAACAACCGUAGUACACAUCAGCCCCAAUACAUACAGUAAAAACAAAAGUUACCUGCGCUCUUCCCAAAUCCCUAUGUAUUUUUAAACAAAUGUAGGUUAUUUAGUUACUCCAAUGGCCAUUAGAGGGUUAAUGUAGGUGCCAGUUCUUUGCUUACGUUUUUUUGAUUGUUAAACAUAACUCCAAUUUUUACAGAACUAUUCGGCACUAAAUGUGGCACUCAGCUUUAGUUAUAAAACAAGAUAUUUUGGUUACUUUGUCAUACUAUCUUUUGUGACAUUAAUAAAGGAACCAAUGCAACGUGAAAACUAAACUGUAAAUAUAAUAGGUGGAGUGUUGGAAGUCAUUAUAUUCGUCUUUUUUUUUUUUUUUUUUUUUAAUGAUGAAUCUCUGCUUUGAUCCGGGAAUAAAAUAAUAAUUUUUUUUUUUAAUUUUUUUAAAAUCAAAAACACUUUAAAAAAUAAAUCAAAAUUUUUUUUAAAAGAGCCCUCGGUCCUAGUAAAUAUACAGCUAGGGUUAGUAGUCAUUAAAUGUGAAAUCUGUUUUAAAGACAAUUCAUAUUUUAGUGAAAAACCCACUGUGUCUAUAACCUCUAUACAGAGCUCCAUCAAUCGGAGCUUCAAACUUAUCUACUUUUUAGAUACAUGAAAUUCAGCUUCUGCUGUCGAAACAUGAUCCUGCUAUUAAUAAAAUAACAAGGCUUCCUUUGAGCAGAUAUACUACUAGUGAAUAACAAAAAACCUGGAUCUCCUUAAUUCUACCCAUAGACGGGAAAUAUGACAUUCUGAUUACAAAUGAAAGUAAAUUUUUAUUUUUUAUUUUAAAGUUUAGAAUUUUGUCUUUCAUUCCAUUCUGUAAAUCAUUUUUUUUUUCGCUACCUCUCUCCAAUUUUGUGUUGCUUUCUUUGCAUGAAGUCUUCGUCUCUUUGAAACUCUGACCUCUCCUUACAUUUUGCUCCAUCCUUUCACCUUAAAGGAUCAUUAUAGUGUCAGGAAAACAAAGCGGUUUUCCUGACACUAUAUAAUCCUUGGGGGACCCCCACACUCAGGGUUAAAACCCCUUCAGCCACUUACCUUAAUCCUGCGCCGGGCUCCCUUGGCGCUGGUGACCUCUCCUCCCCGUCCGAUGUCAGCGGAGCCGAAUGCUUUCCUAUGGACUCUCUGCGUGAUGGAGGCGAAAUGUGCCUCCAGCGUCGCAGAUGCGCCUCUAGUGGCUGUCCGGAAGACAGCCACUAGAGGCUGGAUUAACCCCAAAUGUAAACAUAGCUGCUAUGUUUGCAUCUGAAGGGUUAAAACCUGAGGGACCUGGCACCCAGACCACUUCAUUGAGCUGAAGUGGUCUAGGUGACUAUAGUGUCCCUUUAGUAAUAUCGGCACCCCAUUUGCCAAUCUACCCAUCUAUAUCCUGCUCAGAAUUCAACUUUAAUAUUAACUGUCUCAUUGGUCUAAUUGGUCUAAUGAUGUUGGAAUAAAUAUGACCUAGUUUUGAGAUAAUACAAAAAUACUACCGCAAGUGACAACUAUUUGCUCAUUUUACUGUUAAUUGCGAAAUUUGGUGUAUUACAUGUCAACAUCAGUUUUAAGCAUUUUCAAGGUCCAUUUAGCAAUGCUUUUCCCCGUACACAUUACUUAACUCAGCACAUGUAGAAACUAGCUCUUGAUAAUUAUGUUAUUGUAUAUAUUCUCAGAGACAUACCUGAAUAUCAAAGAAUUAUUAAAGGGAUACUAUAGGCACUGCACAAGAACAACUUUAGCCUUGUGAAGACGUUUUGAUUUAUAGAUCAUGCUCCUGUAGUCUCUCUGCUUAAUUCUCUGCCACUUAGAAUUUACAUUACUUUUAUAUCUGUUUACACAGCCCUAGCCACACCUCCCCUCGCUGUGACUCGCACAGCCUGCAUGGAAAAAAUUGGUUAAUUUUCAAUCAAAUGUUAACUUGCAUUAUAAGCUUUUAUUUCCUGCACUGUAAAUUGAACUUUAUUCACACACAGGAGGCUCUUGCAGGGUCUAUACGGCCAUUAACAGAGCAGGAGAUAAGAAAUUUUAGAUUUAGAAUAAAUAGAAUUUGCAUUAAAGGAAGCUUAAACAUUAAAUCUCUCUUUACAGGAAGUGUUUAUGGAAGGCUGUGCAAGGCACAUGCAGGGAGGUGUGACUAGGGCUGCAUAAACAAAGUAAUUUAACUCCUACAUGGCAGAUAAUUGAGCAGUAAGACUGCAGGGGCAUGAUUUAUACACCAAAACUACUUCAUUAAAUUAAAGUUGUUCUGGAGCCUAUAGAGUCCCUUUAAUGUAUCAUAUUAAAAUAAAAAAUAUAUAGUAGAGGGGGUGUUAUAUAGCUCCAUGUAAAUUGUAACUGGAAAAACAAACAUUCAGUGCAAAGGUGUGCAAUCACAGUGGAAACCAAUGGAAUGCUGAAUAUUCCACUUUUUUAUUUUUUUCUACAGAACCCCUAUAGAGUUUAGGAAACUGUAAGAUGAUUUAACUUUCUGUUUUUAAGUUAUUAUUAAUGCUUUUAGUAACUGGAAGGACCUGUUGGAGUUAAACAAAUUAUCAAGACUUUAUUAUACCCCUAUUACAAUAAUACAUUAUACUUGACAAAAUAAAUAGGGAAUGCGAGCUACAGAGCAAAUGUAGAACCAAGCCAGCAUUAUUUAUUAUCAUUAUUAUUACAUCAAUAGAAAAAUAAAGCAGGGCAGAUUUAGAAUUACUAGAGAAAAUAAACAAUGUCACGUGGCUUGUAUUGAGCAAAGCCUUAUAGUGACAUUUUGAUUCGGUUUAUGAUGACGCUAGCAGUGUCUGUUCGCUUGUAUUGUUUAUUUGCAUAGAGAAUCACACCCUGUAGCCCCCAGCACAAUAAACAGCGUGACUAUUACGGUUUUACAUUGCGUCUUUAACAGGUUACGGGUGUUGCUGUGCUUUGGCGUGAUUGAUAAUACGGUAUGUAUUAUCAAUCACUCCAAAGCACAGCUACAUCCGUAACCUGUUAAAGACAAAAUGUAAACCAUAUACGGUCUAUGUUGGCAUGGCAAUCUACCUACCUAUCUAGUCUGAUGUGUUAUUAAGUAACAUGAAGUUGAGUUAAGAGAAAAAGGACUGUCACUUUCACUACACUCAUCCAGCCAGGAUGAGCAUGUUGUUUUCUCAAAUGGGUGCAGUUCUUUCACUUUCACUCUACAAAGGGCUAUACCUUCCUUCACCUAACUCUAAAUGUGCGUGGUGCAUGCUGGCUAUAGAAAUCUAAUGGUGGUACACCCCCUCGUGCUGUCCAUGUCCUUCCCUUUAGCCAGCCCUUCCUGAAAUCCCUUCAAACGGAGUGUUGUCAGCAGAUGUGGAUCAGGCUGAAAGAGAACUUGGCCUCAGCCUUGAAACAAAGGAGAUUUAACUAUUUUCUUUCUCUUUAUUUAGUGUGGGACCAGAUAAGAAAGCAUUAUUCUGACCAAAUCAUUUCUUUUUUUUUGGUUGGGGAUAACCCUUUAAUAGAGAUACAAUCACAUUGGCGUUAAGUCCAAAUGAUUAGUUUUUUUGAUCAUGUGGAGUUUUGGAGCUACAGAAAAGGUGAUGAACAAUUUAUAUCAAUCCCUGUCAGACCCUGACUAAGAACAUCAAUGCUGUAUUAAAGGGACACUAUAGUCACCUGAACAACUUUAGCUUAAUGAAGCAGUUUUGGUGUAUAGAACAUGCCCCUGCAGCCUCACUGCUCAAUCCUCUGCCAUUUAGGAGUUAAAUCCUUUGUUUAUGAACCCUAGUCACACCUCCCUGCAUGUGACUUGCACAGCCUUCCAUAAACACUUCCUGUAAAGAGAGCCCUGUUUAGGCUUUCUUUAUUGCAAGUUCUGUUUAAUUAAGAUUUUCUUAUCCCCUGCUAUGUUAAUAUCUUGCUAGACCCUGCAAGAGCCUCAUGUGUGUGAUUAAAGUUCAAUUUAGAGAGUGAGAUACAAUUAUUUAAGGUAAAUUACAUCUGUUUGAAAGUGAAACCUGUUUUUUUUUUAAUGCAGGCUCUGUCAAACAUAGCCAGGGGAGGUGUGGCUAGGGCUGCAUAAACAGAAACAAAGUGAUUUAACUCCUAAAUGACAGUGAAUUGAGCAGUGAAAUUGCAGGGGAAUGAUCUAUACACUAAAACUGCUUUAUUUAACUAAAACAAUUUAGGUGACUAUAGUGUUCCUUUAACCAUAAAUACUAUUGUAUGUGGAUAUACAAUAUAUAUUCAGGACUGAUGACAUAAUGUUACUUUGUCUGAUUUUGUCUGUGAGAGAAAAAGUGGAAUGUGAAAUUACUAUUGGAGGUAGUUAACUGGAAAUGUAAUUGAUUAACAAAAAUUAAAGACUACCUCAUAUAGCAUAACUUAGCAUUAGAGGACAUUUUUAAAACUUAAUGGGGAGUCAUCAUUUUAGAAAUAUGUACUUUAGGAUGAUAUCUACACUUUUUGGAGAUUAAGAAUGGAAUCUGUUUUAUUCUAAUACAUAUACAGCCUAUAUGCUAUAUAUAGAAGUGUGUUUAACAUAUGUGUUACAAAAUGUGAGUUUGGACACAGUGAAACCCUAAAAAUGCCAGCCUUGUUUGUUUUUUGUCAUUCUACACUCAAAUCUGAACAAUUUCCAUAUUUUAUGUAUCUAUGACAUCACAUGUCUUCACGUGAUGCCCAAUUUAACUAAGCUGGGUUUUAUGAAAAGCCUAAAUUCACUAUAAUGCUGUCAUCAAUAGGAACAACAUACUAUUGUGCGUGUUAGACAUCCAGUGUAAACAUCUCGUAACUGAUAUAAACAUUCAAUUUUCUCUAUCUGUUAUUUACAGAGAUGUCUUCUGACCUUCCAUUAAUUAUCGUCCCAGAAGAAGAAGACGAUUUGGAUAUCAAUGCCACCUCAUAUGCCGACUGUGGCCACUUUGUGGACUGGGACCGUUACCCCACUUUGAAUGAAGACCGUUGUACAUUAUCUGUGGAGAUUCCCCAGUCUGUGAAGGAACUUAAACGGAUGGCCAGGGAAGGACAGUGGGCCAACAAAAGAAGCCUACGCGCUGAGGCCUACAACCAAAUAAUUAAAAGCAUCAGAUGUCGUUUAUUUACACCAGAUGCCACUGUCUAUCAUGAUGUAUCUGAGCGCCUAUUUGCCCAUGGAGGUGUACAUGAUCACCCCAUGCCUGAUUUCCUAGAAGGUUGCCUGAUGCCUGUCUAUUGCCUCAAUGCACGAGGGGAAACUGCUGUGAAGAAGAUACUAAUAUGCAUUGGAAACCAAUAUCCAGAUAUUACUUACAGUCCUUCUUUACCUGCAGUGGUAUCCCUACUGCUGCAUUUCAGCGAGGACGAGGCAGAGUGCUUUGAGAGAGCUUGCCGACUCAUCUCAUGCAUUGAGACUCACAAGUGCUACAUUGACCAAAGCUACUUGGCCUAUGAGGCCUCCUGCAUGACCUUUGGUGAUCUAAGCAAAAAAUAUUGCCAAGCAGGACAUAAAUUCAUCACUUCCCAUGCAGAAAAUGCAAUUGAUAUCUUCUCAGAUUGGUUGAUGUGGAUAUUUGGAGAUUUACCCUUUGAUUAUGUAAUAAGAGUCUUUGAUGUUUUUCUUCUUGAGGGCAACAAGGUUCUCUACCGGGUUGCGUUAGCCCUGCUAAAACAGUACAGGAUCCAUGUGGACUCAGAUGUUCAGGAUCUUCAGACAGACAUCCAGUGCUUCGUAAAAAAUAUAGCCCAUCAUAUAUCGGUGGGAAAACUGUUAGAGAAAGCGUUCAGCAUUAGACUUUUUUCACACAAGGAGAUGUGGCUUCUGCAGAUGGCCAACAGAAAAGCUUUGUCCAAGAGUGGAAUCACGGUGAUGCAGCCAAGGUAAACUGUCAACUUUGAGUUUAAAGGUACACUACAGGCACCCAGACCACUUCAGCUCAGUGAAGUGGUCUGGGUGCGGUGUCCCUGUCCCACCUAGUCCUGCAAAGUUUACAUUGCAGUACUAUUACAGCCUCAAGUGACUGUCUACCAAACAGCCACUAGAGGUGUUUCAGGGAGUUCACUGGACCCUGGGUAUUUAAAAUGAUGCUUGAUGUCCUCACGCUCUGCGUGUGGACAUCCAGCGUCAGUGAAAACCCCAUAGGAAUGCACUGAGUCAAUGCUUUCCUAUGGGGAGGGCCUAAUGUCCUUGCAACGCUAGUUGCACAUGCGCAUUAGUUCCCCCCAUCGGAUGAUGUUCGAGGAGCGCCGACCCAGCACUGAGGGAGGGAGGGGUUGUAAGGCAUUGGUGUGAACAAAGGGUGCUAUUGUGUUAGGAAUACAACUUUGGAUUCCCUUUAAUAAUCACACUUAGAGGGUAACCUCGCACAUCACUUAACCUAAAGUGAAUUCAGAGUCAAUUUUACAUUUAAGGGCAAAAAAAAUCAAACUGUUAAAAUUCUACGAUUUCAACGAUGCUUCCAUGUCUGCUGCUUUAACCUUAAAAUUAAAAAUUCACUUUGAAUUCCCAACAAUUCUCACAGUGAAUGACCUGGCCUGUACAUGUUAAAAAUUAAUUACCAAUGAGAUUCCAUUCAAACAAGAACUUUCUUUAAAAAUUGCUGUAUAAACACACUAUAAAAACAUUGCAAACCGGCUGUUCCUGAAUCAUAUACUUAGUAGAUGUUUGUAGUUACAACUAAUAUGUAAGAGCCAAUCACAUCUAUGUUACUGGUGAGGUUUCACUAUAUUAACAAUAGUAUAAACAAAUAAUUAUGUGGGGUGUUUACACUGUGAAAACACUCCCUUUUAUGUACAAUACAAUGCCAAAUAUUUUCUGUGCUUACAAUACUUUGAGAAACUACAUGGUCCAGAUGGACAGAGGGGAUAUUCACUAAAAAGUGCAUUGGGGUUAAACUGUUUGAGAAGUGUGCCGAUCCUCAGGUCCCCAAGGUGGCAUUCGACUUCUGAUUCUCAGUUUCAGGGGCACCGCUCAUUGGCUGAGGCUCUCAGCCAAUCAGCGACUCUGCAUUUAUAAAACUAGCUUGAAAAAGGUUUGUUCGAGUACGGUAUAAGCCCUUAAAAUAAGAGUGCGGCCAGGGGCCUGCUGAUCCUAUAACAAUUUAUGUGAAGUUGUUAUGGUGCUUGGAGUGUUCCUUUCAGCAACUAUCCUUUAAAAUCUCUACAUUAGAUUUGUCCCAAUGUCAGAAGGGUCUCCAUCGUACUCCCAUUAUAAUGUGAUUACCAUGGAUUGACAGGGAAUUAUGAGAGCAGUUCAGAACUCCGAGUAGACACGUUUGACACUGCUGUUGUAGUAUCCAAUUACUUGAGUUUCAUAGCAGCACUGGGUGGACUGUAAGGUCACAAUAUCUCUCAAUGAUAAAUGGUUACUUACUGCAGUCCAGUGAGGCUGAUUACAGUAAAUAAUGUGGCAAUUGUUUUGUAAUCGGUGCCUCUGCUCCUUCAACAGGCAGCCCGCCUACAUGUCAGUCGACAUGGCGAAUUUCAGCUCUGAAAUUGUCACAGCCCAAGAGAUGAGGGUGGUCUGGUCCUGGAUCCCAUCGAGGUUCUCAUUGUACCCACCUGUACUCUUAUUUUCUACGAUGGAGCACGGCUACAGUCUGCAAAGGUAAAGGAGUUGUGUUCUCGGCAUAAUGCAAUUUAUUCUUAAUUUAUAGAUUGCUGAGAAAAAAGUCAUACAUAGUAUUGUAUGAUCCAAUCAUUUGAAUCUUAGAAUGUUUAUUAAAAUUGAUUUACUUGGCUAUGCGUAACAGUAAACUAUUUCAAUAUUUUUUCUGGCUUCUUUCAGUUAAAAUAACAAAAAAUAACCUUAUGCCUUUCCUGACAGGUUUUAUUCACAAUGUGAAGGAUCGGAGCCCACCGUUCUAUUGAUAAAGACCACGGCAAAUGAGGUAUGCAUCAUUCUUUCAAAAAUCAAGUCCAAAACAAGACUGGUCUGCCCAGUAGAAGGAUGAAACUGUGACACUACCGGUCGCUAAUCUUGAAAGCUUGUCAACUGGGGAAAAGGAGAAAAUGCCUCCUGCCACCGUCCAAUUUCCCCUUCCCAGCUGUGGAUUGAAAAUACCCCAUGGCAUCCAUUUAAACAGAGCCUAGGCUGAAUUACUGCAAUAUCCAUGUAGAUGUACUUGACACACUAUUCACACAUAAAGAACUUCAAAAGUGCUUUAGGGGUACGGAGUGUCCCUUUAAGAAACAAUUUGGCCUUGUCCUCCCGGCAGUAUAAACUCUAGUCCAAAAAUAUUGCUCUCUUAAAGUAGAUUUUACCACCUCAACUGGAGGGCAGAUCUAUGCAUAUAAACCCUUUAAUGGAGAGGAUGUUUAAAGUGAUUUAUUUAUUUCUUGCAGGUUUGUGGUGCCUUUCUCUCUACGGACUGGAGUGAAAGAAGGAAAUGCUGCGGGCAAGUGGCCACCUUUUUUGGCACGGGAGAAUGUUUUGUGUUUACGGUAAAUUCUUCAAGUGGCGGGGGGGGGGGAGGGAGCAACAACUUAAAACAACUACACAAAACUACACAAAAUCCUAAACACACACAAAUCCUUCUCUUUUUAUAUUUUCUACUAAGUCUCUUUUUCAGCAUCAUUUCACUAAUCAUGAUUUUUUUUGUGAAUAGCAUGGCAAUGAAACAGUUAAGAAAUAUUGACGUAUCUUUACAUCAACCUCACCCAGCUGUUUCUAUCAGUAAUGCCUCUGUCUGGAAUACACUUACUGUUCUUUGACUAUUUUGUAAUGUAACCACUGACAUCCUAAUGUGACAUGGAAAGUGCUGAAUUACAAUGCACUCAAUCCGAAAGACUCAUAAAGGUUGUAUCUUGUAUUGUGUAAAAUACUCAAAAGCAAAAGUGCCUUUUAAACUCUGUCGCUUUAACUGAAUAGCAGGUCUUCUAUUGACAUCUGUGUCCAAACUGCUAUCUAAGUAUCAGAUACAAGAUUAUCUCUUAUAAUAGCAUCCAGCCCAAGACAGUAUCUGAAAACAUCACAGACAGUAAUCAUGUCGAAUGUCAAUCACAUUCUUUUUACAGAAACUACAACAGCAGCAACAGUUAAUGUUUCUAGUCUCUUUUGUGGCUCACAGUGCUAACUUGUAUCGGGUCAUAUCCCAAACCAUAUUGUCCUUGAGAACUGGAGAAAUAUGUCCUUCUCACCCGAAACCAGUCUGACCCUGACUAUUACUGCCAGUCUCAGUCUUGCCAUGUCCUAUAUUGUCCUGGUAGGAAGCAGAUUGAACCUGCCUAAAAUUCAUAUCAAGCAUUCAUUCAAGCAGGAAUACUAAAGCUGGUUUUGAAUAUUUUAGGCAAUACUUGCCAGUUUUUUUCAGCCUAUCUGAGCAAAUAUUUUACAAUUGAAUUCAAGCACUGUAACUACUGCAGUUUGCUGUGGUGGUUAUGGUGCCAGGAGUGGCCUGGUGCCUUCCCACUGUAGUCAGAUUGUUGUUGAAUAAUCAGUUGAUGUUUUCAGCCAAUGAGCUAAGUGCUGCACUGCAGGGCUUAGCUGAGGGAUGCUAACAGAAGAUCCCGCUUAGGAACCUACAGUUCUCCGGCAGUAGGAGUGGAGGCAGGGAACGGUGCCCCACGGAUCCCAGGGAUCAUCUGACUACAUACAAUAGAGAGCACCAGGGCACUCCGGGCACCAUAACCAUUACAGCAAGUUAAAGUGGUUAUAGUUCUCGGUAUGUUAUUUUUAUGCUUCACAAAGUUAAAUAUUUAAAUUUUAAAGAACUAAAACACCCAUGAUACACCUGUGGUCCUUUUACUUUAUGAUUUAUUUGUUAUGAGUAUUUGUACUUGUCUUUAAAGGAACACUAUAGUCACCUAAAUUACUUUAGCUAAAUAAAGCAGUUUUAGUGUAUAGAUCAUUCCCCUGCAAUUUCACUGCUCAAUUCACUGUCACUUAGGAGUUAAAUCACUUUGUUUCUGUUUAUGCAGCCCUAGCCACACCUCCCCUGGCUAUGACUGACAGAGCCUGCAUGAAAAAAAAAAACUGGUUUCACUUUCAGACAGAUGUAAUUUACCUUAAAUAAUUGUAUCUCAAUCUCUAAAUUGAACUUUAAUCACAUACAGGAGGCUCUUGCAGGGUCUAGCAAGCUAUUAACAUAGCAGGGGAUAAAAAAAUCUUAAUUAAACAGAACUUGCAAUAAAGAAAGCCCAAAUAGGACUCUCUUUACAGGAAGUGUUUAUGGAAGGCUGUGCAAGUCACAUGCAGGGAGGUGUGACUAGGGUUCAUAAACAAAGGGAUUUAACUCCUAAAUGGCAGAGGAUUGAGCGGUGAGGCUGCAGGGGCAUGGUCUAUAUACCAAAACUGCUUCAUUAAGCUAAAGUUGUCCAGGUGACUAUAGUGUCCCUUCAAAUCUAAUUCCUUUUAUUAACCCAUCUGUAGGUACGGCCAGAGAUGGAGAGGUAUGAGUGGGUGGUAGUAAAAAAGCCAGAAAUGGGAAUGGCAGCCCCCCCUUCUCCGCGUUCCAGACCGCGUUCCUAUUCUCAUGGAUCCCGUCUUGCACCUCCAUUGCAUCACCCAUCAUCUCCACAAUUGUCUUCAGCUCCCAGCAGCCCCUCUCAGCUGUCCAACUUCCUUGCUGUGCCAAUAGAAGCAGCCCCAGCACGCCUCUCUCCAUUCCUGUCUGUUCGUCACUUCCAGCUACCAUCUAAAACAGCCUCCAUGUUCAUGUCUGGGAACAAUCAAGGCAUAAUCAUUGGUAAGACUUCAAAAAUGGCUUAAAUUCUCUCUUUUAGAUACAAUUGCACCAAAGUCUCCCAUAAACUAAACACCAUAUUCAGAAACUGGACUGCAUACCGCCCAAAUGUCCCUAUAUAGGAGAGACAGUCAUUAUUUUAGGCACACAUACCUGUGUCGCUCUUUUCCAUCUUAAUGGCCCACUCUUUCAGGAGAUCCAGAAUUUUGCUGUGUCUGUCUGUGCAACAAUGCUUCUAACAGUAAUGUGUUUUUAAACAUAUUUAUUGGAAAAGGUAAACCCCCAACCUCCCAAACUCUGACUAUCCCUUAAUGUUCUCCUGGCUGAGUGUGAUAGGAGUUAUAGUCCACAUAACCAAUUAUCAUAAGUUCCCCUUAAAAGCAAUGUCACUUUUCUGAAAUUUAAUAUUAUUCUUACUUAUUUUUUUCUAUAUUUUACAAACAUGUUUUAUAUGAAGUAUGUUCCUUUAACUGCAAAUGCUCAAGAGAUUUUUGAUAUUUCACCAAACACCUAUUUUUUAGGUGGUGGGGGCGGACAGGCCUUGAACAUUGAUGCCGACUUGAACAUUGGAAGAACCGAGCACUGUGAAACUUUUGAUAACCCCCCUCUCUGUGAAGAGAACUUCCAUAUUCAGCAUCUUGAGGUUUGGGGGUGCCAAGAUUUCUGAAACUAACAGAAAAACCAGUUUGGACUCAGAGCUAAAGUCAAUCAGCGCUGUCUACGCACCAGAUACAAUCUACGAACAGACACCAACAAUGGGAGCUGGGGGACGGACAAAAGAAACUGUGUGUGUUCAUAAACCCCUGUGCAUUGUACUAUGGAGAUGGACUAUAAGCUAAACAUAAUAUAUAGGGAACAAACAAACCAAAAAACAGUAUUUUUUCACCCCUAGAGUUCAAUGCACUAAAGACGUACACAUAGAAUGCAAUUUACACAAAACAAGACUAUGGGUGAAGGCAAAAAUUACUUCAACUUUUUUUUUUGCAGUCCCAAUAGUGGAACAGUGGAAUACAAAUAUUAAAAAAAGGACAAAAAAUAACUUAUCUUGUUAUAAAUGCAAUCUCUUUGUCAGUGCAGGGACUGUGUCUCUUCAUAUCCCAUAUAUAACAUAUGUUAUCGCUGACUGUAUUCUUUUUGCAAAUACACUUAGUGUUUUGAAAAUAUCAUCACCCCUCCCCUUGAGUUUUUCAAGGAUGAAAUAAAAUGAUGUUCCUUUCUUUAAGGAGAAAAAAAUUAUGAUUAUCCACUUUGUAGUAAGGGGUUACUGUGCAACCUAUUUACUUACAAUGUAAGAUUCAAAUCACAUUCUGCAAUAGAUUAUAGUAACUUGCUUUCUCAUAUAUAAGACAAUAUAAAUAUCUAUGAUAUAUAAAUAUAUAUAACUUACUAAAAACUAAAUAAACCAUAAUUUCAUAGUAACUUUAAGAUAAAUUUGACUGUCUAUAUAUCCACACAUAAUACUAUUACUACUAAUAAUAUUUAAUACAGCUCGGAUAUUUUGCAAUGUAUAGCAAAGGUUCUAAAUAUGGAGACUAGCAAUGCCUGUCUGUAAUCACAAACACCAAUGCUACAAAUCUUACCACUUAACCCAACAAGGUAACAUCAAAUCCAGUACAUGUAGCCUGGUGUUAGCAUUGACAGCAUACACUGAGAGGCACCACCAAGUUGCUAGGAUUGUGUACCGAAAUAUUUGUUCAGAAUAUGGGCCAGACCUGCCAAAGUCUACAGGAUGGCCCAUAAGUCCCUACCCAUCAAGACACAGAUAGACUGGUUACAUAAGAAAUAUGGAUCGGUAGGUACUUAUGGGCCACCCUGUAGAU